GCAAAGUACCCAGCACGCCCAGGGUUUUCUGGAGCCGGGGGUGGGAGGAGGAGGAAGAGAAAGGGGAGAGACGAGCGGGGGCAGGCAGGCUGGGGACUUGGAGGUCAUGCAUAAUUCAACAGCUCAACUUUCGGCCCCGCCUCUUUCCUGGGAGUGGGAGUUUGCUCCAAACUUUGUUUAUGGGACAGUCCGGGAGCCGCGGCGGCCGCGCUGUCUGCUUCUCCUCAGCCUCCUCGCGGAGCGCGAGCGCCUGAGGCCAGUUCGGGGGAUGUGAGAGCGGAAGGCCCUCUCGGCUGCUAGGCACCGAGUCGGGUCAGGAUUUGCCAGCCGGGCCCCGGCUCUAGCCCUGCAAGCUCGGGACGCACCCUAGCGACCCAGGCCCGACAGCGAGUUCGGGCGGGACGGCGGCCGCCGCACGCCCAGACUCGGCUUCGCUGCGCGCCCAGAAGAUGAAUCCGGCCUCGGCGCCCCCUCCGCUCCCGCCACCCGGGCAGCAAGUGAUUCACGUCACUCAAGACCUAGACACGGACCUCGAAGCCCUCUUCAACUCGGUGAUGAACCCCAAGCCCAGCUCGUGGCGGAAGAAGAUCCUGCCCGAGUCGUUCUUCAAGGAGCCUGACUCCGGCUCGCACUCGCGCCAGUCGAGCACCGACUCGUCCGGUGGUCACCCUGGGCCCCGACUGGCCGGCGGCGCCCAGCACGUCCGCUCGCACUCGUCGCCCGCGUCUCUGCAGCUGGGCACCGGCGCGGGCGCUGCGGGCAGCCCGGCGCAGCAGCACGCGCACCUCCGACAGCAGUCCUACGACGUGACCGACGAGCUGCCUCUGCCCCCAGGCUGGGAGAUGACCUUCACGGCCACUGGCCAGAGGUACUUCCUCAAACAACAUCACUGGUCUCUGAAAAUCAAUGAGGGAACACAGGCAAAGGGUCACAUAGAAAAAAUCACCACAUGGCAAGACCCUAGGAAGGCGAUGAAUCAGCCCCUGAAUCAUAUGAACCUCCACCCAGCUGCCACUUCCACACCAGCGCCCCAGAGGUCCAUGGCCGUGUCUCAGCCGAAUCUCGUGAUGAAUCACCAGCACCAGCAGCAGAUGGCAUCCAGUUCCCUGAGCCAGCAGAGUCACCCUCCUCAGAACCCCCCAGCAGGGCUCAUGAGUAUGCCCAACGCGCUGACCACGCAGCAGCAGCAGCAGCAGAAACUUCGGCUUCAGAGGAUCCAGAUGGAGAGAGAGAGAAUUAGGAUGCGUCAAGAGGAGCUCAUGAGGCAGGAAGCCGCCCUCUGUAGACAGCUCCCCAUGGAAGCCGAGACUCUAGCCACGGUUCAGGCUGCUGUGAACCCACCCGCCAUGACUCCAGACAUGAGAUCCAUCACUAAUAAUAGCUCGGAUCCUUUCCUCAAUGGGGGGCCAUAUCAUUCGAGGGAGCAGAGCACCGACAGCGGCCUGGGGCUAGGGUGCUACAGUGUCCCGACGACUCCGGAGGACUUCCUCAGCAACGUGGAUGAGAUGGACACAGGAGAAAAUGCAGGCCAGGCACCCAUGAACAUCAACCCUCAGCAGACCCGGUUCCCUGAUUUUCUUGACUGUCUUCCGGGAACAAAUGUUGAUCUAGGAACUUUGGAAUCUGAAGAUCUGAUCCCCCUCUUCAAUGAUGUAGAAUCUGCUCUGAACAAAAGCGAGCCUUUUCUAACCUGGCUGUAAGCAGUACCACUGUAGCUUGGAUGCAGCCGUGACCUGACAUUUCCUGGGCCUCUUGGAAAAAGCGAUGGAGCAGAGCAAGUCUGCAGGUGUGCCGCUUACUGCCUCCGUGACGCAUGCUCCCUCCUUUCCUUGUGGCCAGUUUAAUCAUUGCCUGGAGUUGAUUGAUAGUAACGUAAGUUAAACAUAAAUAAACAUUCUAUUUUCAUUUUCUGCAAGCCUGCCUUCCUGUGAUGGGUUAUGCAGAAUUGUUUCAGCAGAAUUGAUUAUGCAGAAUUGCUUCUCUGCUUUCCUUUCUGCUGCCCCAUGACUAAGCUUUAUGGGUGUUAGCUGAAAUUUAUACGUCAAUUGAUUAUAAACCAUGAAAAGCUGACCACAGGCAGUGACUUCUGACAGGCGGCUCGGUCCAGGAAAUGUACACAAAAUUCAACCUGAUUUACGGUUUCAAAAACUGUAUUGAUGACAUUAGUACCAAAUGCUUUAAAAAAUAUUUAACUUGAGCUUUAAAAAUCAUUGUACAGAUAGUAAAAUUCUGCUGUUUGGAAUACAAUGUAGUCUGGGAUCCAUGCUGGUUCUGUUGGUUCUUAUUACCCUGUAUUCACAAAGGCACACACAGUCCUAUUGUAGUUUAUCCUUUAGCAUUUUACUGCACAGCAUCUAGCCAGCUAGUCCUUCCAGCAGGAGAGUAUCAGCAGCGUUAGUCACAGCUCCUACACUAAGAUCUUAUGAAAGAGACCAGUUUGGUACUAAUUAUGAACAUCUAUUAAACAAAGGUUUUUAAAAUUACAAGUUGGAUUUUUUUGUUUUUAAACUGCAGCUUAGAACUCAAAUGUUUAUUUUAUGAAGCACUAUCAUUUUGUAGCUGAUGACAAAGGGCAGUCAAAUGUUUUUGAUAAAUCAGUGACAACUGUAUCUCUGUCUUUUGAAACCGUUCUGAAAACAUCAGGACACGUAGCUUUCAACCUGAUGGCACACGCAGUAAGCUGUUGCUUUUAAACUUCCAAAGCCUUGUCGGUUUUGCUUCUUUCAAGAUUUCAAGGGUUUAAAAUAAUCUUAUCUAUGAAACUGUUUGAAGGAUGAAGCAGAUCUCUGACUGACAUGUAAAAAAAUGCCCCCUGAGGGUGUAUGGUGGAGACAUGUUUCUGAAGUCACUAAUGUUGAUUCCUAAGUAUAUUAUCCUAACCUUGUUUGCUACAGUUGGUAUAAAAAGGCAUGAAAUAUGUACUCAAUACCUCUUAUGUAACCAAAACCGUUUUUUAUUAGCUUUUAAGGACUGAGAGAGAGCAUUGGGUUUGCCUGGCAUGCACCCUGCCUGCAUUGCCAAUGAAGUCCUCAACUGUUUAAUAUUUUGAACGGACAUUAUUUAUAAUCUAUGAAUUUAAUAUCUUUUUUUGAGAGACAUUAAUAAUGCAGGUCUCUGAGAGGAACCUUUCCAUUCCCGAGGGGCUUAUUUGCUGGGGAUCUGAGAUCCUUUUCGAUCUACCAAAAGAUAGAUGGCAGAAUACAUCUUAUCUUGUUGGAAAGAAAGCAAGUGUAAAGGUCAGAGAUGAAGUAGUAAAGUUAGGGAAUAUAGUGGAAAGGCUGUUAGGUGUGAAAUGGAAAUAGACAAGCUAUAGUACCCCAAAAGCAAGACGAGCAGGAGGUAUGAGGUGCCCCCAAAGAGCAAAGCAACAAUUUUCUCCUACGGUCUUUGUACCAAAAGACUGUUGUAGAAGAAAAGAAGGCUUCGGUGCACUUUAUGUGGGAGAAGGAGGGGCAGGGCUAGUCUUGUCCUGUCUACGCUGAUGUUAAGUGUGUAGGCGGACAAGACCAUAAACCUACCAUUGCUUCCAACACAAUGAAGUGACUUUUUUCCCCCGAAGGACCCAUGGUUUCUGUUCCUCUGAUUCCUUCUCUCUCUCUCGAAGCGCUCUGAGAGAGAUGGGGGUAGAUGUUUCUUUAGCUACUAAAUUGGAGGGAGCACUAUUUCUUUUCCUCUUGUGUUAGCAAUAAUUGCAAAAAGCAUUGUACAUUCUUUCUAAGAAAAAGCAAAAAAAAAAAAGACUCAGAAACAAGGGACCUAGUAAAACUGAGCAGUGUUACUGUAUUUUUAAAAAAUAUUUUUAUAGACUCAUUUUCAGGUUAUUAAACAUAAAAGAAACAGAUACCCCUCUCUUUUUAAAGCAGUUAAAACAUCGAUGAUUUGUAUUAUCAAUUUUUAGAUGUAAUUUCCUAGUAAGCUUGUGGCAUUAGAAAAUCCUAGAAGAAUUUUUUUAGUGAAAUUAGUUGGAACAUUUAUUAAUGAACAUAACAAUUAUUUUUCCAGAAUUAAAUAUGGACCCUGACUAUGUGUUUACUAAUAAAUGAAGCCAGAUAUAAUUUUUGUUGUUAUUUUUCAGGCCAUAAAAUAUGGCCUUUGUUAAAGAACACUAAAGCUAGAAAUCUAAAGGAAGAACAACUCUUUAAAGGCUCUUUCCUGUUAUUGUAAGUGUUAAAACCCCUGCAGAAUUUAUGAUAAGGUGCUAUUUAUACUAUAUUUCUUAUUAUAAAAGAACUGCCACAAUAUCUCAUCUUUUUAGUCCUAAAUCAGUCAAUAAAUUUCAACAUUUCAUCCAAUAAUUUUGCCAGAGAAAAGGCAGAUUAAAAAUUGAAAUUGAAAAAUAAUUUCAGAGAUCUUUCCAGGUUUUUAUUCCCCCUGAUAAAACACAUUUUCUUGAAGUAGCUACAUUGUCAAAACCUAUUUGCAAUUCUAUGAAAUCUUAGUAAUUGUUAGCGUUUCACCAUAGAAUUUAGGAUGUGAAAUGCCGUUUCUUUUCACUGAUUAUACAAUAUACAUGAAAACAGAGUAAAACAUUUAGCUUGCUGGGUUGCUGCUGACUCCAGCUUGGGAGAAAAGCUCUCUGUAGAAGAAGGUGAUCUGGAGUGAGUUCUGUUAGUGACAAGUUGUGUUCUCAUGACAUAAUUGGAAAGUAACUUCCGAAAGUGCCACUUUUAUGAAAAAUAAAAGCUGUUAAAAGGAAAUUGUAGAUUAAUUUAAUUGGGAAAAUGGGUGAUUGACAGAGACCGUUUCCCUAACACACUACAUCAUUUAUGUGUUAGUAUUUUAACUUUUAAAAAAAUUAUUUCUACAUUUUGUAAUAUGACAUAUGUGUGUUUAUUUUUAAUUUAGAUUGCUAUACAUACAGAAAGUAUGCAGAAAAAUCAGUCAGCUCAAACCAUUUUAACUGGAGUUUGGUACUGGUUUUUACUUCUCUGAUUCUGUAUAAGAAAAAUAAAUACAGUUGAAUUUCCA